GCCUCCCUUUGCCCAGCCGGACGGGCGAGACGCGAGCAGCGCCGCCGCCGCCGCCGCCGAGCCGAGGGAGCGCCAGGCGGAGCGGACCUUCCUUGCGCGCGGGGCGCUUCUCCAGCGAAGAAACGCUGUGAUGGGAUUUUAAUUCCAGGAUUGCAGAUGCUCCCAGAAGGCCCACAUUUUCAAGAAGAGAGUCUUGUAGAAGAUCACAGUUGCCACGUUAACCCUCUGCUAGAUCCGUCAAUCCAAGACCAGAUCUCCCAGGAUGCUCUUCUACCUUCUUUCUGCCUUUUUCCAACUCCAAGGCAUGCAUGGGAUGAGCAGCUACAAGGAGAACUUCCGCUUCUGUGCUGACCGAAGGCAAAUGGCUGAAGGCCAUGUCCGUUAUGAAAUCCAGCAAGAUGCCAUCACUAUCUCCAAUGGCGCCGACGGACUUAAUAUCAGUGCCCCAUUCCCGCCGGGACCUCAGCAGUCCUGGGCCUUGCCUACACUGUUGGGGAUUUACCGCUUCUGUGUUUACUGGUUUCAGGAUGACCAUCUGUUCAAUCUUACCUAUGGCAUCAGUCAUACUUACCAGCUGAGUAACCAAGCUAAUUAUUCAUUCUCCUCUCUAAGUUACACCUGUCAGGGGAGCAGAGAUGGGCCUGAUUUACUCAACAAUGUCUCUUACGCCUUCAACAACGGCUCUGUCAAUUACUCCCUUCCGAGCAUGACGGAAUGCAAGUUCGAUCUUGGGAAGAGAGACCAGAAGGAAAUGGUUCAAAUCAGCAACGUGGAAGAAGAAAUGAGACGAACAGAGUUAAAACUCAAGAGUUUAGAAACACAUCAUAGCAGUGACGAGAACGGGCCUCCGGAAGAUCCGUUUUUGUUCCUGCACCAGUUGGAGUCAAAGCUGGGUGAAUUGGAGUUCCAGGGAGAUCAAAAGAGUUUUGAGGGGACAAUAAUGCAUGCAAAUGUCCAGAAAGUCCCACCGCAAAUUCCUGAAAACCUGCCCAUUGAGGUUACGCUGAAGGAGAACAGAGUCGUCCAUAAGUUCAAAGUUAACCUGCCCAAAAAAGUUUUUGAGAAAACCAGAGACGGUGUCGAGAGUGGGGAGAUGAAGGUUGUGGUGGUGUCGGCCACGAGUGAGACCCUCUUUCAGGAUAAUGAUUCCAACUCACUCCUUGGUGGAAAUGUCGUUGGCAUCUCAGUGGGCAACAUGCCUGUCCAUGGGUUGCCCAAAGAAGAACGGAUCUCUAUCACCUUUUGGCACCACCUCCUUCAGAGGAAUUUGACUCCCACAUGUGUGUUCUGGGACGUGGGCUCCAAGGCCAGUCGCCCUGCCAAGUGGAACACAUCAGGGUGUGAAGUGGUGAAAGGGGAACACCAAACAACCUGCCUUUGUGACCAUCUCACCUUCUUUGCGGUGCUCAUGGUUUCUUCUCCAGACAUAGACCAUAUCCACUACGAAUACCUGACUAUUGUGACAUACGUCGGUUGCAUCAUUUCGGCUCUGGCUUCGUUAUUCACCAUCUUCUUUUUCCUUUGUUCAAAGAAAAAGCAGAGAGACCACAUUGUCUAUGUCCACAUGAAUCUCCUCUGGGGCAUCUUUCUCCUCGACAUGAGCUUCCUCAUCGCGGUGCCCCUGGCUCCUACCGGAGGGGACAUGGCUUGCAAAGCCGGCGGGAUGUUCCUGCACUUUGGCGUGCUUGCGUGCUUGACUUGGAUGGCCAUUGAGGGCUACAGUCUCUACCGGCUGGUGAUCGAAGUCUUCAACUCCUAUGUCAAACAUUUGCUCCUCAAGCUCUGCUUGGUUGGCUGGGGUCUUCCCAUAUUCAUUGUGUGUCUCAUUUUUGUGAUCGACCAAUCCCACUAUGGCCGUACCUCUUUUAAGAUCUACCAGGCUGCAGGGGAAUACACCAAUUCAACCAUCUGUUGGAUCACCAAAAAGGAGAUCAACAAUUUCCUGAAUUUGGGCUAUUUAAGCCUGGUGCUUUUCUUCAACAGCAUCAUGCUGGCCACCAUGGUGUAUGAGAUUCUCAAGCUGAGACAUCGAGAGCAUCACUGGGAAUAUGUGGUGAUGCUCCUGGGCCUGAGCUGCGUCCUGGGCAUUCCCUGGGGGCUGGUCUUCUUUGCAUUCGCUUCUGGGACGUUCAAGCUGGUGGCCGUCUAUCUGUUCACCAUCAUCAACUCUCUCCAAGGCUUCCUCAUCUUCCUUUGGUACCUGGCCAAAGUGCUGCAGUCUCGCAGGUCAAAUUCCAUGCAGUGCACAACUUCCAACAGCCUGAAGCUCCAGUCCAGCAGCACCAGCAUCUGACCUUGUCCUGGCCAGGAGGACUUUGGAUGUGAAACGCUCACACAAGGAUCUUCCUGGAAACUCAAUCAAACACUUCUUGGGUGGACUUGGGUGACUUCAUACCUCUGAGUAGUUUAGAGACGACACUGAUAUGUUUUUCCUUCAAUAUUUGUAUGGCUCUUUUUUCUACUGUAAAUAUUUUUUUUAAAAAAAAUUCCUCUGGUGUAAAAAGUUUAUGAGAGUACAUUGAAAUUUAAACGAUGUAUAUUAAAGACAAAUUUUAUUAGUG